CUCCUUCCGGCUUCUGCGAGCCGCUGCGGAAAACUUUAUUGACAACGCCGGCCGCGAGCGGACGGCGGACCCUGCGAGGGGCUGGAGCUGGGCUGCGGGGCGGCAGACGGGCCGCAGCUAGGAGCGAGGCUCUGCUCUGUCCUGCAGUGGCCCCUCGGUCCGUCCUUCCGACCCUUCACCCCAGCCCCCGCUGGAGCCGCGCCGCUUUCGGAUCGCUGCCGACCCCUCCCCUCCCCCACCCCACCCCCACCCCCCGCGGUCCCGUGAACAAACCGAAGUGUCCCUGAAAGUUCCCUUCAAAAGGCGGCCCGCGAGCGGACGGCCCUCCGGGACGCCAGCCUUGGCCGCGCCCGCGGCUCCCGGGCUCCCGUCGCACAGACCCGCACCCGCGCGUCUCAGCAGCCCCGCAAACAGGCACACCCGGCCACGCGAUGCGGGGCGAGCGGCCCAGACCCUGUCCCGCCCUCCCGGAGCUCCGACGGCUCGGGGGUGAGGCCCCACGGGAGCGAGCAGCCCCCACGGCAGUGAGCGGCCACGCGCCCUCUGCCUUGGAAGGUCACCUUGGAUUCUGAUUGCUUUCCUAACCUUGCACGCAGGCUACAAAGCGAGGUGUUUUGGGGUCUUUGUGAGUUAUGAUGGGAACAUAACCUCCCUUCCCCCUCCAUCUCCUGCACCGACCUUUUUUUGUUCCUGAAACCACCUAGGCUGGGCUUUCUCCUGCUGUCCCCUCCUUAGGACACUCCUUAUUUCCCAUGAGGUCACAGCUUAAAUGUCAUCUUGGCUAAGAGGUUUUUCUCUACUCUAAUCGUCUGACAGGUUAGGCUCUUCAUUACCUGGGACCCCAAUACAAUAAGCUUCUGGAGGGCAGGGACCUUGCCUGUCGUCUUGUCUCCUGUGUCUGUGCCCAGAACAGUGCCUGGCUAGAAACAGGUGCUCCACAAAUAUUCUUGGAUAACGGUAGAAAUUCCACUUCUUUUCUGGGUCUCCCAACCUACUCCAAGCACCCUUUCACGUACAGACCCACUCUUUACCCUCUGCUUUGCCGAGCUUCGGGCCCCCACACAUCCCAUGUGCCUGGACCGCACGCUCCCCUGUACGCCCAGCUGCACCCCCACUUUCAGAGAGGAUGACGACGUCCUCCACCAAUGCUUUUUCUGUCGGCAGAUUCAGCAGGGCGGGUCCUGCCCCUUUAAUCUGGGCCCCACCUGCUCUGGUCAGACAGGUUUGGAGACACAGGUAAAGGGAGAGAGACUGAGAGGAACACUUGCAGAGCCAGCAGGGAGCCGGGCAGCUCCUUCCCAGACGUUGGGGACCCUCCGUCUCUCCAGAUGGAAAGUAAGAGGGUAUCAUGGGUCUACAUGGCUAGAGGCAGAAGGCCCUUGAGGAGGUGGGGGGAAGGGGCCCAGCCCCAUCAAGCAGGAGUGAGAUGGAGAAAACAGGGAGGAAAGAAAGGAGACGAGGCAUGGGAAACAGCCGUGAUUAGGCCCAGAACUCAGAAGGGACAGCCCCAGGCCCUCUGGAGUUGGAGGACAGCGGACAGGGGCUGGUAAAGAGAGUGGAGACUGUCCCGGUGCCCACCUUGGAGACGAAAGAGCAGGGCGCACGGCCGCUGCCGGAUCCUUGGGACAGAGUUGUAGGCAGAUCAGUGGGAUCAGUUACCAGGAGAAUUCCAAGCAGGGAUCCCCAAGAAGACGGGAAGGAUUGGAGAUGGAGGGGCAGGGAGGCCGCUGGUGGGAAGGGAGGUCCUGGCAAAGCUCUAGAAAACCCUUCCUCCUGUUUUUGCAAGAGGGUGGCUGUGACCCCAGGGGUUUUGGUGGAGGGAGUAGACGGUGUGGGUGGGAGCUGGCCGAGGCCGCGGUUGCCAGCGCCUGUGCCCCCUGACUCACCCUCUCCUGCUGGGGAGCAUUUGGCGCAGAAAGGGUGUCUCCAUUUCAGAUGCUUACCUCCCUCCCGCCUCCUUCUUUUCAACACCUUUUCUGGCCCCAUGUUCUCCCGAAGGUCCCAGAAGAGGCCAGAGCCCAUGAGACCAGCUGCCCCAGACAGUUCCGAUUCUAUCAACCUGUCCCGAGGGCCAGAAACCAGGAACUUCUGACAGAGCUUUCUUCUGCUCCCUCCAGGGUGAUAGGCCCUCAUGGUAGACCCCAGGAGUGAGGCCCCAGGAUGACAGAACCCGAGACCCUGGCCCUGCUGGAAGUGAAGGGGUCUGAGGCCCUGGAAAAGAGCCCACCCCAGGCCUUGGUCCCCAAUGGCCGUCAGCCAGAAGGGGAAGGUGAGGCCGAGACCCAUGGAGCCGCAUCCUCCAAGGUGGGGUCCUCAGCCGGGUCUACCACGGCCGGAGAGGUACCUGAGGAUGGCCUUGACAGCACAGUGAGCGAGGCGGCCACCUUGCCCUGGGGGACCGGCCCCCCGCCCAGUGCCCUGUUCCCAGACCCCCCCGGGUGGCGGGACAUGGAGCCCGAGCCCCUCCGGUCAGAGCCACCCACCAAGCUAGAGGACUUGUCCGAAGAUGACGCCAACCUGCUGCCCGAGAAGGCGGCCCGGGCCUUCGUGCCCAUUGACCUGCAGUGCAUUGAGCGGCGGCCCCAGGAAGACCCGGCUGUGCGCUGUGAGGCCGGCGAGGGCGAGGGCCGCCGGGCCUGCGUGCCCGCCCGGCCCACCCAGCCCGAGCCCUGUGAGCGCAAGUGGGCCGAGGCCGUGGUGAGGCCGCCGGGCCACACUUGCCGGGGCUGCGGGGGCUGCGGAGGCCGGGACGGGCUGAGGGCCGUGGCCUCGGUGGGAGCCGCGCUCAUUCUCUUCCCCUGCCUGCUGUACGGGGCCUACGCCUUCCUGCCCUUCGACGCCCCGCGGCUGCCGACCAUGAGCUCCCGCCUCAUCUACACGCUGCGCUGCGGGGUCUUUGCCACCUUCCCCAUCAUCCUGGGGCUGCUGGUGUACGGGCUGAGCCUGCUGUGCUUCUCGGCCCUGCGGCCGUUCGGGGAGCGGCGGCGGGAGGUGGAGAUCCACCGGCGCUUCGUGGCCCAGUCGGUGCAGCUCUUCAUCUUGUACUUCUUCAACCUGGCCGUGCUCUCCACCUACCUGCCCCAGGAGACCCUCAAACUGCUCCCCCUGCUCACCGGUCUCUUUGCUGUCUCCCGGCUGAUAUACUGGCUGACCUUCGCCGUGGGCCGCUCCUUUCGAGGCUUUGGCUACGGCCUCACGUUCCUGCCGCUGCUGUCCAUGCUGGUGUGGAACCUGUACUACAUGUUCGUGGUGGAGCCCGAGCGCAUGCUCGCCGCUGCCGAGAGCCGCCUGGACUACCCCGACCACGCCCGCUCGGCCUCGGACCUCAGGCCUCGUCCCUGGGGCUGAGGCCCCCACUCGGCUCCCCCAGCCUCGGUGCCUUGGGGGACAAGCCCCAGGAUUGCCCGUCUGCCCCCUCUCUCCCCCCUGUCACCUCGGGAGCCCUCGGCCGUCGGGAGGGAAUUUAGCUGGUUUCUUGCAGGGGAAGAGGUGGACGGCCAUGCCCCUCUGCGGGCUGAGGGCAGGGGCUGGCACAGGGAGCAGGGGCAUGGUUCCCUCCUGAGCAACACCCCCACCCCUGGCGCUGCCUCCAGGACCCCCGUGCUGGCCUCUGCCCCACACUCCAGCCCCCAUGAGGCCGCGCAGGCAGAGCCUCCGCCGACUGACUAUCUCUGUGCCACGGGCUGCAGGAAGACUGGCAGUAGUGCCCGUGCCCAAGGUAAAGCCUGGGCAUCUGAUCACACGGGACUUAUACGUUUGGCGGAAACCUUCCUGCAGGCCUGGGUUCAGGACCCUCCACCACAGGCCCCUGUAGGACUUUUAGCUUCGGUCAAGAUGAUCGAAGCUGCCCCAGCCCAGAGCUGCCGCCUGCUCCCUUCCGACCCAGCCAGGCCCCCAACCCCCCACCUCCAACCUGCAGAGGGGAGGGGAAGCCUCCGUCCAGAGAGGGGCAGGGGUGUGUGUGGCUGGGGUGCCUACAGGGUGCGGUGGCCGAUGGGAACCCUGUGUGAACGUGACAAUAAAUGACCGCCACGGUCCCCCCUCACUAUUCAUGUUUGAA